AGCAUUCAGACGUAACCCGAACCUCGACGCUAUGUCAACUAGAGGCCCCACUGGCGUCAACAACAACGGCACACAAAAAAAAAGCUGAUAAGCAGACGUAGGCAAACAAAUCACGAUUUAGACAGAAAAUGUAUCUUUCAGUGCGAGCGGGAAAGUCAGUUCCGUACCGACUGGCAUACCAAUUGAACGCCAUCUUCCGCCCGCUGUGCAACAUGGCCACAUAUGAACAGGUUAAGGACGUGCCCAAUCACUCGGAGAUCUAUCUGAUCGAUGUGCGGCAGAAGGAGGAGCUGCAACAGACGGGCAUUAUUCCAGCCAGCCUCAACAUACCCCUGCCAGAGCUGGACAAAGCCUUGUGUAUGGAUAGCAAGGAGUUCAAGAGCCGCUACGGAAGGGACAAGCCGGGCAAGGAUUCCAAGAUCAUAUUCUCCUGCCGCUCGGGUAAACGGGUGCUGGAGGCCGAGAAAAUUGCCAAGGCUCAGGGUUUUACAAAUGUGGUUAUUUACAAGGGCUCCUGGCUAGAGUGGGCCCAAAAGGAGGGUCUCUAAAUUUAUUAGUUAGAUUUUUAAAUUUAUGUGCAAUAAAAUUGAAUGAAGAAAGUCAAAACAAAUUUGAG